GGCACGGGAGGCCUAGAACGUUUAAUUCCGAAAUACUAAUGAUUGAAUCGCGAAAUGUUUGAAAUCAUAGAGGGAAAAGAUAGGACGGUGAAGAUCGAUCGAGCAUUCAGGUCGCUAUCUUGCGGCGUUUAUAAGCAUUACGAAUGCCGUGGUACGAAAUCGAAAAAUGGCCGUUCCAUCGGUGUUUGACGGGCAUAUCUACUAGAGCAUUGAUGAACAUAUUUGAUAUGUUUGAUCGGUGGUGAAAAAAGUGAUCGUAAGAGUAGAAAGAACAGUGUAAUAGAAAUUCGGAGAAAAUAAAAUUAGGAAGGAUCGAAGGACCGCGUUCGAGUGAGAGAAACAAUUAGGAAGGAUUGGUGGGGUAGGGUGGGGUGUGGUAGGGUGAGAGUGUGGGAGGGUGAGCAAAGGAAAGGAGAGGAAGGAGGAAUACGAAAGGGCAUCCCGAUCACUCUACAACAUUGCAACCAAGGAAUGUAGGCGACGAAAGUACGGAUCAGAAUAAUAAUAUAACUAUGAUGAGCGAGGAUUUGCUGCAACCUGGCCAUGUGGUCAAAGAACGGUGGAAAGUCGUCAGGAGAAUAGGAGGGGGUGGGUUUGGUGAAAUUUAUGAAGGGCUAGACUUGAUGACCAGAGAGCAAGUUGCGUUGAAAGUUGAAUCAGCACGUCAAUCAAAGCAAGUUCUUAAGAUGGAAGUAGCAGUAUUGAAAAAACUUCAGGGCCGAGAACAUGUGUGCAGGUUUAUAGGUUGUGGCCGUAAUGAUCGAUUCAAUUAUGUUGUAAUGCAGUUGCAAGGAAAAAAUUUAGCCGAGUUACGACGUGCUCAGCCUCGUGGUGCUUUCUCAUUAUCUACUACUCUCCGUUUAGGACUUCAAAUUCUCAAAGCAAUUGAAAGCAUACAUCAAGUAGGCUUCCUUCAUAGAGAUAUCAAACCUUCAAACUUUUCAAUGGGACGACUUCCGCAUACAUCGAAGUUAGUUUAUAUGUUAGACUUUGGUUUGGCUCGUCAAUUCACGACGGGUACUGGUGAAGUUAGACCACCUCGUAGCGCGGCAGGAUUUAGGGGAACCGUCCGGUACGCAUCGGUGAAUGCGCACAAAAACAAAGAAAUGGGCAGACACGACGAUUUGUGGUCAUUAUUUUAUAUGUUGGUAGAGUUUGUUAAUGGACAACUUCCAUGGCGAAAAAUUAAGGAUAAAGAACAGGUGGGUCUCAUGAAAGAAAAGUACGAUCAUCGCUUACUUUUAAAACAUCUUCCAGCGGAUCUCCGUGUUUUUUUGGAACAUAUUCAGAGUUUGGGAUACGCAGAUAAACCAGAUUAUGCGAUGCUGGCAGGUCUAUUCGAACGUUGCUUGAAACGUAGAGGAGUGAAAGCUACUGACCCUUAUGAUUGGGAGAGGCCAUUUAUAUCGAACGAAAGUUUACCGACUACCAGGUCUCUACCUAGUAACUACCAGGUCGCCAUGCCUCCAGUACUGACCACAGCUACUACGAUCAAUCAAGCACCAACCACGCCGAACGUCGAUACGAAUAAUCAAGAAAACGUCGAACCCGAUAACAGGAAGGAAUUAGACGCACAAAUGGAUUAUGAAAGUAUAUGUAGAAGAAAUAAACAACGUGGAGUAGAAGGAUCUUCGGUGCCGUUUACAUCAGCUAUCAGCAAUCACGGCCGAGAUAAAAAUUGUAACGCCACAAUACCUACAAUGGAUAACACUCAUCAACAAGCUGGGCAACAGGCUCAAGACUCGCCUAAAAAGAGGCGUGCAGUUUCGAUGGCAGCAGAACCACAAACAGGCGUGGUAGACAACGAAGGAGAUGCUUUAAUGGCAUCCGCUCGUUCUGCUUCAGAAGUUCCUCGCAAUAAAAUUGGAGCUAAUGCUGCAGCACCAUUAAGGAAAUCCGCAAGUGGCGCAACAUUUGCUCGAUUACGAGUAACAUCUGCGCCCGAGGCAACGCCUGGCGAACCUCCCAGUCCUCGUGUACAAACUGAAGUCGAUGCCUCCUAUUGUUCCUACGACGUUACCAAUCCAAAAUACGUUGGCAAUCAGAGCCCCGUUACGGAACAAAGAGAACCAUUGAAAAGAGAACCGCGAAGAAGAACAGAUGGACGUCAACAAACAAGAGCUAGUCGCGCCGCAAUAAGGGACUGUUCCAUAACUCAGUUCGCGCAGAUAGAUGACGACAAUGUAUCGGCGUUGCAGCAAGUGACUAAAGGCGGUGGUGGCCUGACCCUCGCUUCUCAGUGGAAAUCACAAUUUGACGAUUCUGAAGAAACUGACAACGAAUGGAAAGGAGAGAAUUUACAGAGUCCCGAGCAUAAAGGGACCAACAUGCCAAUUAUGGUUCCGCAGUCGACAGUUGGUAGUGACGCUGUGACCAUCGCAGCUUCAGUACCUGCAUCUAUCGAUGCGAAAACGACAGUGGUUCAAUCAACCACGUCGAUCGCACCGCAACAUUCAAUAAUACCAACUGCCCUCUCACGAAUAAGUGAAGAUUCUACGAAGCCUGCGGCUCCUCAUAGGUGCUUAAAUAUUGCUGGCAUUGAGAAAUACCCGGAUCUUCAAAGUGCGCUUCCUCGCGCUUGGAGCGUUCCCGAGUUGGCGCCGCAUGUUCGCGCGUACCUCGAAGCGCCGUUGGUUCAACAAGCUGCAUUCGAUGAUUUGUUGUACGAGGUUGAUGUCAUGAGAAAUAUAGCUACACGUUACGACGAACCGAGACAAAGCCUUCCACCACGAAGGGCGAGCGUACCAGCAGUUGCUUUUUCACCGCCGAACACAAUACCCAGCACACCUGGAGGAGAAGAAGAGGAGGAAGCAGUAGCUGGAAGACUAGAAAUUAGAGUAGUUGAUGCAACAGGCGGUGCAACCGUUGUACAAACCACCGCGGAUAGAGAGCCAUUGCAAAGAAAAAUGACAAACGGUACAGUAGACAGUCCGGCUAUCCUAGAUAAUCCUAAUCCGGAAAGGGAAGAACCAUCGAUAUACGACGAUGCUGUUGAAAAUCGAGCGCCUAUCGAUGAUACCGUGCACAAGGAGAACAACACUAUCACUGCCUCGACCACUAUACCGAACGUAGUACCACUUCGUGAAUAUAAGGACGAUAAAGAAAAGGAGGUCUCUAAUAGGACUUAUAAUACUGUCAGCAAAAUUCCAAUUCCGGUUAAAAGUCCGAGAUGUUCAUUAUCGGAAUCAACACCAGAAACGAAUACGCAAAAUACCAAAAGCAUCAUGGGAAAUGAAGUAGAAAUAUCGUCUACACCUGCGGCUACAGCCAGAGAAAAAGAUGCUACUGUCAAGGGCAAACGCUUGACAGUGGAGGUAUUGCGACGCUGCUUGGCAUUGCCCGAUGAUCCAUCGAUCUUUUCACCUUUAACGUCGGCUAAUUCAACAGAAGAUGAAAAUUUAACUGGAUGUACUCCUGCGUUACGUCGCCGAAGGCAAAGCGAAAAAUAUGUGACCGAUGCCAGCCAAUUAAAUCUUCGAUUUCAAAGACCGCAACGCAGAAUCAGGUCCCAUUCUGAAGUAUUAUCCAAGUUUUCUCCUAGAGGAGUACCUUCGCAUCUUUUAGGAGAGACGGCUAAACGUGCCGACGAGAGUAGCGACAAUGACUCUGAUAAUAGCGGUCCACCGAAUGCUCAACCUCCACCACCUCCUACAUCUCUGCCUCCUCAUAUUGCAGAAAAUAAUGCUAGAUGUCGAAGAUUUCGACCUAUAUCAGAUGGGACAAUAAUCAGUAAAGAAUGGUGAGAUACAGUAUCAUCUGCAGAGGCGAAUUCAAGUAUUUGUUCGUAUCAACGGUCGGCAGAAACCUUGCGAUCUGCUCGUUCGAAUGUCUGGAAUCUUUCUUUCCGUAUGAGAGAAAGCAAGAAAGUAAUAUUAAUUUCACGACGAUUUGAUUCAAUGUGUCGCAUAAAAGUUGUUAAUUUUUCCGUGAAGGGAAAACAUAAGAAAUCGUAUCACGUGAGAAACCAUUGCUUUCUUAGGUAAAGCAAUUUUGAUUAAAAUGCUAAACGUUAAAGCGAAAUGAAUAUGACUCGAAGAAAUGCUAUGAAAUGUUUCGAGUUCCCCGCGUCAAAUGAGUUAGAAAUUAUUUUAGAUCAAGUUGCAGAUGCAGUUGUGUAUUUCAUUCAGCUGUAAGACACUGUUGCAAAAAUCAUAUGAAUUGGUGGUGCUUCAAAGAAUGUACUUCCUAGUCUACAAAGUCGUCGUCGUCGUCGUCGUCGUCGUCGUCGUCGUCGUCGUCGUCGUCGUCGUCGUCGUCGUCGACGUCACCACCACCGCCACCGCCACCGCCACCGCCAUCGCCAUCGCCGUCGCCAUCGCCGUCGCCAUCGCCAUCGCCAUCGCCAUCGCCAUCGCCAUCGCCAUCGCCACCGUUCCUGCCCGCUACCAUUCACUGUUCUUUUAUUCUUAUCCCUUCCUUCCUUGUCCCCCCUUCCUUGUCCUAAUCGUCUUCCCAUUUUUUACGCACCCCUGCUUUACGCGAAAUUCUUUCUACAAAGUACUCUUUUUUAAAAUAUUGCAAUCCCGUUAUCUGCACUUUAUAGGAAAUUGCAUUGCAACAAGUUUUAGUUGUUCACCGAUGUAAGAAGAGACUGUACAACGUUAUUCUUAUUGAUUAUGCAUUUAGUGAACAGAGAAAUUUGAAUAUAAGGGCAAAUUGUAGGAAAUAACCUUUACUAAUUGAACAAAACUUUCCGUGAUAGUUUCCAUACAAAACUAAUGUACGGUGGAUCACGAUAUAGAUGGUCAAAAUCGAUAUUGGAUAUACAAAAUGACGCUAACUGUUGUACCGUAUUUAUUUUAAAUACAUAGUAGUUUUAAACGAAUUUUCGCGAGUUAUCAAGGUAACCGGUACUCUUUGAAAAACCACCAUUGCGCAACUAAUAAAAGAUAGCAAGAAAGGAUCGUUAACGUUAAAAUAACAGUUAUAUCCUCGAGCAAAUGUAUAUCUCGUCCGAAUUAUCGUUUUAUGGAUGUGUAACGUAUUAGCUAACUGCUUGUAUUAAGGCUGCCACGAAAGAUAGAUGAAUUCAAUUACGAGAUCACGAUUAAUCACUUGUCAAUAUAAGCAAGCCUUUUUCGAUUGGUUGACAAAUUUUUCGUCAUCAAGAUUUAAGCGAUGAAAAAACUGUAUUAAUAAAUAAGUACUCGAAGAGAA